AUGGACUUCAAGCCCGAUGCCGAUGUGGAAUAUACCGCAGUUCAUGAGAUCGACCUUGCGAACGUGGGGUCUUUUAUCGCACGUUAUCCCAAGCCAGAUGAUGUGGUUCCAGUUACGGAAAGAAGAGGGAAUGGAGCCAAAUGGAUGUUUUAUUGGGGCCUGCACUACCACCGAAGAAGAUCUGAUCCUCGUGCUGUAACCCAUAGGCAGAAGCAAACAAAACAGAGGAAGCUAUACAAAACUGGAGGAAAAAAUACCGCAAUUCUUCAACGGAAAGUGCAGAGAAUCGGUGAUUUCAUCGACAUGGAUGCAGUGCGUGUCUAUUUUCUCCUUAUGUUCGGCGAAGUGUCAGAGCUAACAGUAGUCUUCCAGCUGGCCACUGCUGAGUUUCUGAUUAACAUAGGAAACAACCGGAACGCUGGAAUAUGCUGUCUGGUGCAUACGGACCCACAAUUCUGCGAACAAGCCAAGCAGGGAUUUAAUGUUGUUGUCGGGGGCAAGGGCUUUGGUUGCGAAUCAUCCCGCGAACAAGCAGUAAUGGCAUUGUUAAGCAAGUCAAAUCCAACAACCAUUUUAUCAAUAGGAAUCCGAGAUUUUUGA